AUGCAAGUGACUGUUCUGCUCCAGGAUUUAGUCCAGGUGGUGAAUGCUGUUCCUCGUUUAGCAGCGCCAGCACUGGUGAACCUCACAAAGAUCAGUGCAUAUUUGAACCCCGAGCAGUUCAAGCGCGAUCUUCUCCCCACCGUGUUGAAGUUGUUCGGAUCCUCAGAUCGUAAGUCUCGUGUCCUGCUAGCGCCGAAAUUGAAAACGUCAACGGUGACGAAUAAGGUGCUGAAGAACCUUACCAAGCUCCAAGGCGAUCCAGAGCCUUCAAUCCGUACCAACACCGCCAUUUGUAUAGGGAAGAUUUCUGAUCACUUUGACCCAGCACAGAAACCUCAGAUCCUGCUCAAUGCAUUUAUAACCGGUAUGAAGGAUAGUUUCCCGCCCUGUCGAGUGGCGUGCAUUCAAGCGAUACAGGCCACGUCCAGCAUCUACGACCCAACAGAUCUUGGAGGGAAGGCAAUGCCGUUGUUGAUGCUUCGAAUCGUCGAUCCGAGUCCGGAAGUGCAGGAUGCUGCUUAUGACGCUAUCCAGCCAAUGCUCAAACUAGUUCGGGAAGGUAUGCUGGAAGCGCGACGUGAGGCGCAGUUGAAGGAGGAUCAUGGGGAGGCUUCUCCUCAUGGAAUUGACAACGGCGCUACUGCGAAGAAGAGCGUUCCCUCCAGCAGUAGUGUCUAUAACGUCUUCGGAAGGUUCGGUCUGGGCGUCUCACAGACAGGCCCAACCUCCGGUACCAUAGGCGACAGUCAUGGGGCUGCUUACUCGAAGGUCCAGACUAAUGGUCCGCCGCUUCCGCCGGCACCCAUCGUUGCGAAGAGGAACACGUCCCAUAAUAAUUCAGUCGCUAUGAACGCCCCGCUCGAAGUGUCUACAGAGAAAACGGGCAGCACAAAACUCGAUCUUGAUUUCGGUGGCGGGUUGGAUAAUGUUGGGGACGACUUCUGGGGGGAAUUUGAUGACGUACCCCUACCGGAAGACAAUUCGCCUUCCAAUGGUCAUUACACUCCGCGGAGUGACAAAGGGAGUUUAGAUGAUGAACAUACCAGCGGCAAUAUAGCGGCGAUGAAGCUAUCACGAGAUCCUACAACUGAUGGAGUGAAGAGUUUCUCGAGUCAAAGUAUUGGAGACGGCAUUCACCAUGUGCCGAAGGCGGGGACCGUCCCGAGCUCUGCUGUAGAACCGAAGGCCUCAGCGAGGAAAGUCAGCGAGGGAUGGGGCGACGAUUUUGACUGGGACAACUUCUGAUAGUUUCGAUGCUUUCCUGUUUGUCUCGGUAUACCUACUGUUUGUGAUGAUGAUGUUCUUGCAUAGAUCAUA